AUGUUGACUAGAAAGACAGAUUAUACGUUACAAGCGGCGAAUGGAUCUUCAAUCCAGACAUAUGGUGAAACCUCUUUAACCCUAAAUCUGGGAUUUAGGCGAUCUUUUCCGUGGGUAUUCACGAUAGCCCAAGUUCGAACCCCAAUCCUAGGAGCGGAUUUCCUCGCCCACUUUAACUUGUCUGUUAAUAUGUCUUCCCUUUCUUUGGAGGAUAAAACGACCAACAUUACAAGGAAAGGAAUUACAUCUAUUUAUACGAGCACAUGUAUCAGCGCAACUCUACCUGAAGCCAACGGAAUGCAGGAUCUGUUACAAAAAUAUUCUCAAAUUACAACACCAUUCCGGUAUACAGAAACCGUUCGUCACAAUGCUGAGCACCACAUUGAUACUACGGGCCCACCCGCGCAUUCAUCUCCACGGCGAUUGAGGCCUGAUAAAUAUAAACUGGCGAAAGACGAGUUUCAGCACAUGCUGGACCUCGGUAUAAUAAGACCUUCUUCGAGUCCUUACUCAUCUCCUCUUCAUAUGGUUCCAAAACCGGACUCAGGAGCUUGGAGACCUUGUGGCGACUUCCGGAAGCUGAAUGCUACUACAAUUCCGGAUAAAUACCCCAUCCCGCACUUGCACGAUUUCACAGUGGGUCUGCAGGGCGCCACAGUCUUCACCAAACUUGAUCUGGUGAAAGCAUUCCACCAGAUACCAGUGGCCAUGGAAGACAUCCAUAAAACAGCAAUAACUACUCCUUUUGGCUUAUACGAAUUUGUGAGAAUGCCAUUUGGUUUAAGGAACGCUGCACAAUCUUUCCAACGGCUUAUAGACGAAGUGCUGAGAGGUUUACCUUUCACUUUUUGCCUAUAUUGA